AUGGCAAGACAUACUCACAUACCAGAAGCACCGCCGUAUAUGCGCGGGCCUACAACAGUCCUUCCACUACAACUCAACGAGCCGCUAUCAUUUAAGCAGCCUCUGAAGAUCCCAAAGGAGAAGGAAUACCCCUGGGACUCGCACCAAGACGAUAUUGUCGUCAAUAGUACCGAGCUCAAUACAGCAGGCCGCAAGUUGGGGAUCGACCAUUAUCGACACCAACUCACUUUGCGGAAGACGUAUGAGCACAUCACCACAGACUUUGCAGAGGACAUGGAGAAGCUCGUUCCUAGAGACGCGCUACCUGUGCCCUGUUCUUCAUCUCCACUAUCCUCUGACAACGAGAACGAAAAAGAGAAUGAUGACGGAGACAUGGAGCAUGUUGAGCAUAAGAUCUGGGACGGCAAAGCCCGCCUUCCUAAACCCAAGUUCAACCGUCUCGAUUAUGACUGGCCAAUCUACCGCGCCACAACUACCAAUCCUUCCGUCUUCCUCGCCAUUAUACGCAUCGCAGAAAAGAAUCUCCCGUUCAUAAACUUCGAUUCCGCCAUUACACAUCUGCCCAACCGACCCGUAAACGCUUCUCUACCAAUUCUUCCAUUCAACAACGCUCCCAACCGAAAGUGGAAAGGCAAGGAGAAGGCUGUGUUCACGGACGAUCUACCGUAUGAGAAGAAGAAAGAUGAGCAGCUCAUGACUGUCCUCUUCUUACCGGAGUUCUACAAAGAUGGCAGGCAUGCUGUGGGCAGAGUUGCUAACAAUCAAUCCAAACUGAUGAGACUGACUGACUGA